UAGGAGUUUCGUUCAAAUUGUAUUCGAACGCUGAAGCGAACGGUCGUACUAUUUCCCAAAAAACUGCGAGAGUUUCAAUACUCAACCAAAAAGCAAACAACUCAUCUUAUAAACUUGCAAUCAAAGUAAAAACUAUCACAAGAAAUUGAAAAUUUUCAAAGUCAAAAGAAAGCGAAAAAGUGUUUCAAUUGUGUUGUGAAAGGAGUUUCGAAAAUACAAACAGUGUAAAAACUGCGCAAAACGAAAUAAAAAUUUGUCAGUGUGAAUUUUUCAAGUUUUCGAAAAUUAUUUUUUAACAAAAAAUUAUUAAAAGAGAACAGUGACUGCAAAUUGUGUAGGCUUAACGCUUAAAAACAUUAAAACUAUUGCUUGAAAUUUCAAAAUCCGUUUUCGAAUUUUCAAAUCGUUGCCAAAUAAAGCAAACACAUCUUAAAUGAUCACACACUUACUAUCCUGAUAGUGUCUGCAGUGUUUUUCUGUGUGUGCGUCUUUCAAAUACCUGCCUAUUAUUUCCAUCAAAAAGUUGGCGUUUUUAAUAUCGUGUUGUAAACGAAAAGCUAACACAACAAAAUGGCUUUUGCAAUUAUGAGCCGUGGCUUUUUGCGCACUUCCAAAGAAAUGCUGGAACGCAGCAUCGCCGUGGGCAAUGCUGCAAUCUCCCAUUGUUUCAUGGACAUUGAAGCCAAUCAUUCCACCGUUGCACUUGUACAGCAUCGCUCGACUUGCACAGCUAUCAACGCGGCAACGCUGCCCACAGCUGGUUUUAUGAGGCCCGUCUGCAACGGCAGCUAUUGUCUGUUGAAGCCCAGGGUGAACAAUUCGUAUUUAAACAAGCGUAAAAGUAGCUCGAAGAAACGGGUGUCCACGGUAGCAUCAUCAAAACGUGACGAAGAAAGUGAUAGCGAUUCGGAUUCCGACGAUGAAUUUGAACAUAAACGUGCGAGCGUACGCGCCAAGUACAGUGCGAGGGGCGAUUCUGAGUUCUGGCGUCGCAAAAUGCGCACGCUCCACCGCAUACUCGACGUCAAUCGCGAUGGCGUUGUGUCAUUUGACGACUACAAAUUGCUUGCCAAACGCUUUACGGACUUGGGUCAUCUCACGCCCGAGAUGUCGGCCGAGUUCGAGGAGGUCAUGCGUCAAACAUGGGUGGAGCAAUUCGGCGAAAUUACGCCAUAUAAUUUAGUGACUGCCGAGCAGUUCUUGGUGGAGGUGCAUCAUCGUCUCAACGACGAACAGUUGGAGAAGCGCAUUGGACGCUUUUUACCCUAUUUAUUCAAGGCCGUUGAUUAUGAUCACACUGGCCAUUUGGAUCUCGAACAGUAUAAGCUGUUCUUCCGCUGUCUGGGUCUUUCGGAUGAAGAUGCUGCUAUUUCUUUUGCUGUGAUAGACAAAAAUGGCGAUGGCCAAUUGUCCUUAAAAGAGUUUCUACAUUUGGGACGUCAAUAUUUCCUAACCGAAGACGAGACGAAAAUAUCGAAAAUGUUCUGGGGUCCAUUGAUCGAUCAUUGACUUGUUGAACAUGCGUACACCGCUGUGUUGGAGUUGUUGGCGCGCGGCAAAUUUCACGAUCUACAUCGCGCGCAAUAUAUACUCUACAUACUCUGCAUGCAAAGUGUCUCGGAGCAAUUUGGUAUUUUCAACGACGACAUCUAUGGAGGAAACCCUUUGCUAAGACUAUUAUUUUAUGUUAAUACAUUUAUUUUUAUAGCGGUAACGUUGCGUUCGUACGAACGUGG